AUGGAAACCAUAGAGGUCACCGAGCUUGUGGCGGAUAUCCCGCUAGAAGAGCCAGAUAUCGUUCCGGAUAUCCCCCAAGACGAUACUCGAGGCGAAACGCAGCUUGAGGAAGAUGCCAGACGGCCCUCGACGGAAUCUGGUGAUUCUAUCGCCCCCGUCAGCCAAGAUGGCUAUAGUUUCAAGCGCUGGAUGAGGAGCAUUCGAGCCAAUCGACAUGCUAUAGCUAGCCCCAGAAACUAUGUCAUGGGCUGGCCUGACGAUGAGACAAUGGACGAGAGUUACAAUAGACCUGCCGGCAACUAUUCGGAGAGCGUGCCGGAUACUGCCUCAGUUACCUCCUCGGCACUCCUGCGGACAAUGGAGACAGCGAGUGUAAGCCAGGCAACUAUGAGUGUGAUCAACAGACCACGCACGAACACCAUGACUAGCACCAAGCAGGGUACCAGCGUGUUCUCCAAUUCUGAAGCUAGACGGUCGAUCGAUAGCAAUCGGAUGGCGGCUACACUUUCUCUUGAUGAGGCUGCUUGGAAUCGAGCUGUCCAGAGACGCCAAAUUAUUCAGGAGUUGGUAGGCACAGAAACGGUGUACGUGUCUGGGCUGAAAGCCCUGGGUGAUCUCCCUAAGUUCAAGAUAUAUGAGGACUAUGGCAUCAAGUACCAUCUAGUGUCGCAGGAAAUUGAUGAUCUUCGAAAAACCGUCAACUUCCAAAUUUGGGAUCAUGGUACCGAAGCGCUCUCCCGAUCUGUAGCGCCCUUGGAGUGCCAGGAACUGAGCCCAAAUCAAGCACUCACUAUUAAUGACUUGCUUGCCAAGCCAAUACAAAGAGUGUGCAAGUACCAGCUGUUUCUAUCAGAUUUAUUAAAAUGCACACCAUCAUCGGACUGCCCGGCAGCUCGUGAAGCUCUUGAACUUGCCCACCAGUCCAAAGAUCGUAUGGCAAAGACCUUGCUUCUACAGAACAAGUUGGACUUCACUGACUUCGGAAAGGAACGGGAUAUUCUUCGCGACUUUGGCCCUAUUAAGGUAUGCGGAAUUCUCCACGUUACCUACGAGACCUUGGAAUCGAUAACUGGAGAUUACAUGGUAUGUGCUCUCUUCAGUUCGCACCUUCUACUUGCCGCUGCAUGCAUCGAGCAUCGCAACUUCACCGUAGUUGCCAUUAUUGGUACGACGAGGGCAAAGAUUGAGAGUGUAGACGAGAAACCCGGCUUGCAAUGCCUGAGAACGCCUCAUUCCUGGAAAACGCUGUACGUGGCAGGAGGUUGUACCUUUGAGCUGGUGAUGACGGCGUGCUCUACAAAGGAGGCAGUUCAAUGGAUGGACCAACUCCACCAGAAUAUAGCUCCAGAAAUCACCGUGGACACGCCGAAAAUCGGUACAAAGGUCAAGCUCCCGAUCAAACAACGCCCGGUAAUAACGAUUGACGAGACUGGCAACAUCGUGCAGCCAGUCUGUAAACUCGUCCGUAUCAAAGGAACAGAGGCAGUCCCACGGUUGAACCAACCAUCUAGCACAUCACUGUCGAGAUCCCCAACUAUGUUUAUGAACCCCAUAGUCACCUUAACUCCAAACCGUCAAGACAGGAUGCGGAUGGAGCGAUGGCUAGCCAACAUCUGGACAUGCGAUAUCAUUCCAUACCCCGGGAUGCCAGGUCGCAGCGAGUACUUCAUCCGAGCCCAGGCCGGGUCCUUUCUCCGAAGCCUUAGCAGCCGCCGGCCGUUUGCACGGCGUUCAAGCAGUAUGACCACCACCACAACUCAGUCGAUCACCUCGCCGCCCAAAGGGGGUGCGGGCAUGGAUGAUACCGAUAUGACGACUCCCACAAGCCCCAUCUCCAAGUACAGCACCCGGGAAUUCGACGACAUAAUGGACAUUAGUCCAAGAUCUAGGAGCUCUUCUCCUGCACGUACGCCUCUGUUGACGUUGAAAUAUGGUCCUAUUGCAGAUGAGAUGGUGCAGCACGAAGCUCAGGAGAAGGACUUGAAGGAGAUUAAAGAGGUCAAGGAAGUCAAGGGAGGAAAACGGCCGAAGUGGAGUGUCUCUCUGUUCAAGGCCCCGAGUAGGUCUCGCCGGGCAUGGCCGGUUGAAGUCUGA